CAACAUAGGCUGUUACUCAAACGCAAGUUCUUCACUUGAACAACCAAACUCCACUACUCACACCAUGAGCUACUACGGCAGCUACUAUGGAGGCCUAGGCUCGGGCUCUGGCUCUGGCAGCUUCGGAGGCCUGAGCUCUGGCUACAGCGGUGACUUUGGACAUUUCAGCAGACUGGGCUGUGGCAGUUGCUUUGGAGGCUUUGGCUAUGGCUCUGGUCAUGUAGGCUACGGCUCUGGCUCUGGUCAUGGAGACUUUGGCUGUGGCUCUGGUCAUGGAGGAUAUGGCUCUGGUUCUGGUCAUGGAGGCUUUGGCUCUGGCUCUGUUCAUGGAGGCUACAGCUAUGGCCUUGGUCAUGGAGGCUACAGCUCCGGCUGUGGUCAUGGAGGCUACGGCUAUGGCUCUGGUCAUGGAGGCUAUGGCUAUAACUCUGGUAAUGGAGGCUACGGCUCUGCCUCUGGUCAUGGAGGCUAUGGCUAUGGCACUGGUCAUAGAGGAUAUGGCUCUGGCUUGGUCAUGGAGGCUACGGCUAUGGCUCUGGUCAUGGACGCUACGGUGCAAGCUUUGGAGGCUACAAAUAAGGCUGCUGUCUUCCAUCUUGCUGUGGAAGGUUUGGAUUCUUUAACUUCUACUAAAAUCCUGUCAUGGUUCUCCACAUCCAAGACCGUGAGCUGAUUCACCAAACUAAGCAUAAUUUUAAAUAAACCACAACACUUGGAUAAAAGUUAAGCUCUAAAUAUCAAGCAUCUUAGAUUUCAUGUCUAGCUCUCAUAUUUAUUUGUUUCAUAGCUCCUAUUUGCAUUACUCUACCUGGGAAAUCUUACAGUUCUCUCCACAAUACAUUGAUAUGAAAUAAUA